UACUACUGACCUACUUGCCGAACAGCUGACUGCAUAGUUUUGUAUUGCGUAUGUCCAUUAACUCGGAGAUAAAUAAAGACAGUUUACUGUAGUCCGGAGUCGACGGUUAUCCUGCACAGUUCCUGAAACAACUCCAGUUUCAUUGGCAUCCUAUAGCUACGAAAAUUCGUUUCAGCUGUAACCGGACUUCAUGAGAAUCUUUGUCAAUAUCGAACGUGCAUCAACCUAAAGAUGAGUAUGCUGAUGUGGGGAGCCAAAGUUUCCAGAACUCACACUAGUUUAAGGCAGAGACUGAGGCAUAUUUCUUGUCAAUGGAGUCAUCCAAUUUUAGGUGAACUGAAAUUAUUCAAUUUGAAGCCAGUCUUACAAAAGUAUGGAAUACAGUCACUUAAAAGAAAAGGAACAUCAAAGGAAGGCAGUUCCUUAUCUUUUCUUCUUAGACUGUCAAUUGGUGGAGGAUCACUGAUUGGAGUGAAGGGACUGAGUUCACAAUUCAUUGUUGAGUGCAAAGCUACCAGUCCUUCUUCUGUGUCAGUAGAAAUCCAUGACAGGGUUCAAGGAGCAGAAAGCAUUUCUGAAUCAAAAGAUCCACCAUUUGACUGGUUAUUCUUUUGGAAGUUGCUUAAACCACAAUUCCAUUACUUUUUGGCAGCUAUGAUGAGUGCUCUCAUUGUUGCACUGGCAAAUAUCCAAGUACCUAUGCUGUUAGGUGAAAUUGUGAAUGUUUUAGCUAGCUAUACUCAAGAAGGAGCAAGGGAAGGUAAAAAUUACCUUGAAGAGGUGUACACUCCAUCAGUGAAAUUGGUCAAGUACUACAUUACUCAGGCAUUUUUCACAUUUUCGUAUAUUACCUUUCUGACAAGAAUGGGUGAGGGCCUCGCUGACGAUCUUAGACAGCAACUUUUCAAUAACCUUUUAAAGCAAGAUAUGUCGUUUUUUGAUGAACAUAAAACUGGAGAGCUUGUUAAUAGGCUGAGUGGUGAUGUUCAAGACUUCAAGAGCUCAUUCAAAAUGUGCAUGUCUCAAGGUCUUCGUAGUGUUACUCAGAUUAUAGGAUGUGGGACAUCAUUAUACUUUAUUUCACCAAAAAUGGCUGGUAUGACUGCAGUUGUGAUACCAAUUAUCAUUGGUAUUGGCACAGCCCUUGGAUCUCUUCUUCGUUCAUUAUCCAGACAAGCCCAGCACCAGCUAGCAAAGGCAACAGGAGUAGCAGAUGAGUGUCUUAGUAAUAUGAGAACUGUAAGAGCAUUUGCCAUGGAAGAUGAAGAGCAAAAAUUGUUUGCCAGAGAAGUGGCAAAGUCAAGACGAGUUAAUGAAAACCUUGGCUUUGGCAUUGGAAUUUUCCAGGCUGGAUCUAAUUUAUUCUUGAAUGGAGUAGUGAUGGCCACAUUAUAUGCUGGAGGUUCUUUGCUAGCUACUAACCAGUUAAAGGCAGGUGAUUUGAUGUCAUUUCUUGUAGCAGCCCAAACUAUCCAGCGGUCAUUAGGCCAACUUAGUGUUCUCUUUGGUUAUUAUGUUCGCGGGAUUAGUGCUGGUGCCCGUGUUUUUGAGUACGUGAAACUUGAAGCAUCUAUACCUGUGAAAGGAGGCAAGAAAAUUCCAUACCACACUUUAAUGGGAAACAUUGAAUUUAACAAUGUCACUUUUGCAUACCCUACCAGGUCUGAUCAGGUGGUUCUGAAAAACUUUAGUUUACGAAUUCCUGCCGGACGUGUUGUGGCUUUGGUAGGAGCCUCAGGUGGUGGUAAAUCUACAGUUGCUCAGUUAAUAGAAAGAUUCUAUGAUGUUAACAGUGGACAAAUAUCAAUUGAUGGUGUUGAUAUCCGUUCCUUAGAUCCAGCCUGGCUUCGUAGUAAUGUCAUUGGCUUUAUUAAUCAAGAGCCUGUGCUAUUUGCAACUUCAAUAAUGGAGAACAUACGGUAUGGGCGUCCAGAUGCUGCAGAUUCAGAGGUAAUAGAAGCUGCAAAAAUGGCAAAUGCCCACGAUUUUAUUACUGGAUUUCCAGAUGGAUAUGAUACAAUAGUUGGUGAGCGAGGAGUAACUGUUUCUGGAGGUCAGAAACAGCGAAUUGCAAUUGCUCGUGCUCUUCUAAAAAAUCCAAGGAUUUUGGUACUUGAUGAGGCUACCAGUGCACUGGAUGCUGAAUCAGAGGCCAUAGUGCAGUCAGCUCUAGAACAAUGUAUCCAGGGUCGAACUGUUCUGAUUAUUGCUCAUCGUCUUUCAACAAUACAGAAUGCUAAUGUGAUUGCAGUUAUUUCUCGUGGCAGGUUAGCCGAGCUUGGAACCCACGAGGGAUUAAAAAAGCUUGGUGGAAUAUAUGCAGACCUAAUCCGCCAGCAGCAGAGAGAGGAUGGUAGUGCUAAGGAAUCCCGCUGGAGUAUAUGAUAGAUAUGUAAGGUGAACUUGUAUCUUUAAUAAUAAAGCCUAUUUUAAGUUAA